AGCUGGUCACUGAGCGAUGGAGGGGGGAGGCAGGGUUUCGUGGGUUAAAUAUGGGCCUCUUGUGUCACUGUUGGUGGUUCUUUUAGCCCUGUGGUUCCGGUCACCCCAGAAUGCCGUGCUGGACGACCGGCUGGACACCGUGCUGUCCUCCCUGCUCCGGGCUGAACGUAAAGUUGGGAUGAACAACAUCGCGAGACCGAGAGUGGCAGUCGGUUUUGGAGGCUGUGUGGAUUUGAUUGUGGACGGUGUAUCAUUGCUUAAUAAGAUUGGCCUCCCUCCUACAGACCAGCCACUUCAUCAUAACUACAUAGAAAAUGCAGUGCAGUUGGCUGAGAGCUUCGCCUACUUCUUCGCACCAGGAGCUGCUGCAGAGCGUUUCAUGUUAAAUGAUACCCUCUUCAGCGAGCUGGUUGAAGCAUCCCGUGACUUACCUGGAAACAGAUGGUCUGUAGGCGGUAAUGCCCCAGUAAUGGCUGGUCGCAUGGCAACAGAGGGAUGUGACGUUUUGCUGGGGGGGAGUUUCAGCCCUGAUUUUACUGAUGUCCUGUCCCAGCACAUUACAGUGGCAGGUAACAUUAUAGAAGAGCCAGACAUUCAUCUGAUCCUGGAGUAUCCAUCAGGGGCCCGCUGGGGGCCCCUUACCUCACGAAGAGCCAACAGAUACAUCGUCCACAGUGAUGACCAUAAUCCAUACCUGGACUCCAUGGAGGAGUUUGCUGGUAAAUUAGAAGACUUCCAACCUGAUCUGCUGGUGGUGGGGGGACUACAGAUGAUGGACAACUUUCCCUUCCAUGCAGGUGAGCGUGAUGCUCUCCUCUCCCGCCUGGCUGACCUCCUGUCCACCUCAUCUCCAAAGCUUGGGGUCCAUUUUGAGAUGGCCAGUUUUGUUGAAGAGAGUAUAAUGGAAGACCUUCUUCAUUACGUCAUUCCUCGUGCUGACUCUUUGGGGAUGAAUGAACAGGAGCUUCCAAAUCUGCUCAGUCUCCUUAAAGGCUCCAACAUCACGGUGUUGUCGGACCCAAACCCCCGUGUAGCUACUGUCCUUGACCAGAUGCGGGAGGUCUACCGCAUUUUAAACCAGCGCUACAAAGACAGUAGGGGAGAAACAAACAACGGUGAGGGUAAGCCACUGACAAGGCUUCAUGUCCACACGCUGGCCUUUCAGGCCAUGAUUGUGACACGAGGCUCCCAGUGGAAGAACACCAUGUCAGCCACCGCCAAAGCCUCUCUCACAGCAAACCGCCACGUCUGUGGCUCCAAUGACAUCGACCCAAGUAAGGCAAGGCUAAUCAUGGACGACUCCUUCUCAGUGAGCCGACAGGAGGGCAGCCAGCGGAUCCCUCUACAGGAGAGCAGGCCUGUCAGCUGCUGGGAUGAGGAAAACUACGAGAUCUGUGUAGCUCCAGUGCUGGUGUGCACUGAGGUUUAUCAGACUGCAGGUGGAGGGGACAACAUCUCAGCUGCAGGUCUGGUGCUGCAGAUCUAAAGAAGGACACUGAAAGGUCUGUCUGGUGUUUGCAAAAUGUGACAGAAGACUUUAUCUACCUGUAAUGCAAAGUAGCCCUUUGAAAUCAGGCUAAUGCUCGUACCCUAACAGCUCAAGGUGAACCAUCAGAGAAUCCCAUUUCAUCCUCAGGAGUCAGGUGUGGGAUUACAGUGGCUUUAUGUCAAGUCAGACCUUUAGGUAUUGAACAUAAGGGCUCAGUUCUUGAUAUAAUACUUUAAAUUUACACAGCCUGUGCCUGAGUACAAAACUUUUAUGUCCUUUUUAAAGGAAACACUGCCCUACUCUGUCUUGUUAUGAUUCAUCACAGCCACUUACUGUAUAUUAAUAUGGACGAUGUAACUCUGGGUCUUUCCAUAGAACAAAAGUGAGGCCAGCCCUCCAUUUUUGUUACAUUUUCCCUUUUAUUUACUCCUUAUUGAGCCACAUUGGUCAACAGAGAUCGUCAAUCUUUAAGAUGCAUCUGCUUUAUUUUUUUUACCUUUGAAUGCUAGCCUAAAUAAAACUACUCAGAAAUUAUUAACACACAUACAUCAGCAGGAUAACUGCUAUCAAGUAAAACUCUGUUUGACAAAAAUAAAUUUUAUGUGUAUCUCAUCUUUAAAGUUUGACCCAUCUGUUAAUUUGAAGGAGGCAAGGUCUAUGACUGUACAUUUCUACAUUUUGGGCAUCACUCUUAGGCAGCUGUUGCUCUAUCCAUCUUAAUAUACAGACUAUGAUUUCACCCAACAUCUUUGCAAAGUCACUGUAACCUUUCAUCUGACUCCUGUCCUACUACUCGUUUUCUCAAAGGCCUGUCAGGGGUUGUCCUUCAGCCAGAGAGAGAUAAUGAGGGAUGGGAUUUGCAUCAAGUCAUGAAAACACCAGGAUGUUUUUAAAGGUCUACACAGGAAGGCCUGUGCUUGGUGUUAUCAGGACAUAUAUUUUUGUUUGUUUGUGACAAAGCUGCUGUAUGAUAUUCUGAAUUUAUUUUAACCUGUGACUUUACUAUGCAGCAAAGGAGAUGUUUAAUUACUGAAAUUGCUGGAUCUUCUCUUUGUUCAUCAGGUGUUGUCACCACUAAUCAGGACAGUGACAACCCUUGCCUUGCAGUAAAGGUAGAGAAGUUUAAAAGGUUAACUCUCCUGCCUCUGUCCUCUUUUGUCCCAUUCUGAAAGGCAAACAACAUUAAGGUAGUAAAGGUGAUCACAUCCAUUCUUCCUGAUAUAUGUGAAAAAUGUUACGAAUUGGUUGGUUGUGUUUAGAUGGUCAUUCCUCUGCAUGUUGCAGUGAAAUGAUGUAACAACAAUGUAAAGAGACCACUGUCGGUAGCUGGAUAUGAUGUCAAAAAUCUCUUCUCUACCUCUAUUGUUGGUCAUACUUUCCUUCUUUUCUUCUCCUUGUGUCUACUCACUGCUCUUUUUUAAGGACCAAAUCACAGGUUUGGACAGUCAAUGACAACACUGAUGCAAACAAGUUGUUGUUUAUUUCAUUUUUAGUUGCAAAAGUUGCAACAUGAAACUUGUAAAUGUGAGUUGAAGUUAUGGUGUUUCUCACCAUGAAACCCCUUAACAUAUGGAGUAGUUGACCACACAGAAAAUAUCGUCUUUUAUACUUUAUCUUUCUUUCUUGGAUGAAGAAACAGACAUCUUUCAGUUUCAAACUGUUUUGUCAAAGCCACUACUUUCUGAAUUUCUUUCUUAUGAAGAGAUAGAAAUACUAUACCUCUACAUGGCUACCCACUAUUUUCGGGGUUUAAAUCACUUAAACAUUAAAUCUGAUGAUAGUGAAAUAACUUUAACUCUAAAGAUUUCUACAUUCCAUAAUAAGCCCAACUUCAGUGAUUUUAUGCAGAUAAAAGUUUGAUGAUAAUGUAUCAACAUGCCAUAUUUUUCUGUUUUUUCUUUUCCCUUUAACAGUUAUGUAAAACUGAAUGUUAAAUCCUUUUUCCCUGAGGAACAUUUGUAUUCAUGUUACAAUGCAUCAACUCUCGAGUUAAGGGAAACUGAAGAACUUAAGGGUGAAGACAUCCCUUCAGUUCUUUUCUCUGUAUAUUGAAACUGUACUAAUUUAAAGGUGUGGUUGAAUUAUGUUGAAGGUAAAUGAGCCUUACUCUGUUUUGAUUUUUGUUUUUUAGUGAAAAGGGAAUGUUUAAUAGAGAAUUUUUCCAUAACUGUAUGCUGAGCUCCUAUUUCCUGAUGCCUUUGUCUUACACAGAGAUUGAAAACAAAAUCUUACGGGUCAUUGUUUUACUGUGAAAUGAAAAACUUAAGCAUG